AUGAGACGCCUCAAUCGUCUACCCGGCGCCUUGGCCCCUCUGCGGCGGGCGCCAAGGGCCGCUGGACACCCCGGCUCGCCGCUCCCCAAGCGACUGCACCGUGGCUUCUUCACCAAGGCUACGAGUCCGCGCCUAAAAGAUCGCAUCGGCGCCACCUUGCCCGCCGCCAUCAUCACCAGCGGCCUUUUCGUCUGGUGGCUCUACCCCUCGGAAGACUUCGCCGAGCUGUCCUCCCAGCCUAAGAGACGGCAUCAUCAUGGUGGGCGUUCACGCUCCGAGCUUGAAGAUGACCUGGACGAACUGGAGGAGCAAGACGAUGUCGACGACGAGCAAGAGGACCAAUCCGCAUGGGCCAACUUUGCUCGUCGCUUCGAGUCUAUCUCACUCAUGUCUGACCUCGAGUGGACCGAGUGGUCGGAUCGGCUCGUUGGCUUCAUACUCCCCGAGUGGUCCAAGCUGCUGCCAGGCUACAUGAGAAAGUUGCAGCGUGAGCUGUCCAUGUCACCGGGCUCCUUGGCCGACGAAAUUUGGCAAGAGGCCCACGACCCGGUCAUCAACCCAGAGAUACGAUACUCUGCCCGCGUUCGAGUGUCUUCAGACCUGUGUGACGAGGAAAAGGAGUACCUGUCCCGGAGACGAAGGGUGGCCCGGGUUGCCCUGGCGAAAUAUCUCGGCCUCAAGGAGGACGAGGUUCAUCCCGAUGAUGUCCCCACCAUUGCCAUGUGUGGCUCUGGUGGCGGCCUCCGCGCCCUCAUUGCCGGUACAGGCUCACUCCUGGCUACCGAAGAAGACGGGCUAUUUGACUGCGUCACUUACACUGCUGGUGUAAGCGGCUCCUGCUGGCUUCAAACACUCUAUCUGUCGUCCUUCACCGGCAGCAUCUCAGCCCUACUGGAACAUCUUAAAGCACGCGCGUCGAUACACAUCGCGUACCCGCCGGUGGCUUUCCAUUCUCUCAUAUCUUUGCCUACGAGCAAGUACCUCUUGAGCGGUUUGGUGGAGAAGCUCAAGGGCGAUUCCAAGGCCGACUUUGGUCUGGUUGACAUAUACGGCCUGCUUCUCGGUGCCCGCUAUCUUGUGCCCAAAGGCGAGUUGGGUGUCAACGACCAGGACUUUAAGCUGUCAAAUCAACGCGACUACGUCAAGCUCGGUCAACGUCCCUUGCCGAUCUAUACGGCAGUCCGGCACGAGAUUCCAGAAGCCCGCGAAGACCCUACUGCAUCCCCUUCUGAGGCGGCCAAGGAAAAAGCAAAGCAAGAAGCCUGGUUUCAAUGGUUCGAAAUCACGCCCUACGAAUUCUUUUGCGAGGAGUUCGGUGCUGGCAUCCCAACCUGGGCCAUGGGGAGAAGGUUCAACGAUGGCAAUGAUGUGCCCCCCGAGGACAGCUUCCACUUGCCUGAGAUUCGCGUUCCUCUCCUCAUGGGCAUCUUUGGAAGCGCUUUUUGCGCGACGCUGAGUCACUACUACAAGGAGAUUAGACCGCUGGUGCAGAGCCUGACCGGCUUCAGUACCGUCGACGACCUGGUGUCUGGUAGGGACGACGAUCUGGUCAAGGUGCAUCCGAUCGACCCUGCCAGCAUCCCCAACUUUGCCUACAAUAUGUACGGAAAACUAGCCAAGACUACGCCCCAAAGCAUCUACAAGCAUGAGUACAUCCAACUGAUGGACGCCGGAAUGUCCAACAACCUGCCCAUCUACCCCCUCUUGCGCCCCGGUCGAGACGUCGACGUCCUCAUUGCGUUCGAUGCGUCGGCUGACAUCAAGUCGGACAACUGGCUCUCCGUGGCAGAUGGCUACGCUCGCCAGCGAGGCAUCAAGGGAUGGCCAGUCGGAAUCGGGUGGCCCAAGCCCGGCGAGUCCGUCCAGCAGACGACAAGGGAGCUUGCCGAUGCCGAGGCGGACUCGAUGCGCGAAGCGGAGCAAAGGGUGCAGGAUGCAAAAGCGGAGCAAGUUGCGCUGCGCAAACAGGCGGGAGACAAGGCCAAAGACCUUUCCGGCAAAGACGAGGAAGCCAAGUUUGAGCCAGGAGACGAGGAGGCCGGCGAUCUGGGCUACUGCACGGUCUGGGUCGGCACCACGCAAGAACGCAAGUCGGAACAGCCGCCCCCAUCCAAGAAGAUCACCGAGGCCAACACGUUCAACCUCAUGGAACCUGACGCCGGCAUCGCCGUGGUCUACCUCCCAUUCCUCUCCAACGACAAGGUUCCCGACAUAUCGCCCGGCACGACCGAGUUCCUCAGCACCUGGAACUUUGUCUACACCCCUGAGCAGAUCGACAGCGUCGUGCGUCUUGCGCGAGCCAACUACGACGAGGGCAAACAGCAGAUCCGUUCGACCGUUCGCGCCGUCUACGAGCGUAAGAAGCAGCUCCGUGAAAAGGCAGAGAAGGAGAUGCAGGAAACGACGUUGCGGAAGAACGCGAGGAGGGCUCUCAUGGGCCACGGAGACCAGUUCAGCUGA